AUGUCGAUACCUCAUUUUCGAGAAAUAACUGAAUGUCGUUUAUCAGAAGAUUAUGAUCAUGAAGCUCCUAUAGAUCUUAAUUCAGUACGUUUUAAUGCACAUCAAUUAGCAAAUCAGCAAUUAUUAUUAACAAAAAUAAAUACUAUAGAUAAUUGGGAUAAACCUGAUAUAGAAUUUUCUCAUUGUUCAUCAAUAAAAAAUGAGUUAUUUCGUGAAAUAGCUUUAAUGAAAUUAUUAAUCAAUGAAAAUACUUCAUUAUCGAAAACUGUAUCUCGUCCUUUAUUGAAUAAAACUUUAAAAUUAAAAACAAGUUUUGCACAAAAAUAUUUUUUAUGUUUAAAUUCAAAUCAAAUUUGGACAUUAAUGUGUAAAAAAAGUAAUUGCAAAAGCACAUUUUAUCAAUGUCUAGAUCAAUCGAAUGAAACUAUUUUCGGUUUCCGACCAUUGGAUGGAGAAUGUUAUACAAAAUUCAAAAUUUUAUUAUGGCCAUGUAUUAUGGAUUAUUAUCAAGUUGAUAUUCAUACACUACCAUCCAUAUCUCGUUAUAAUAAUAAUUUUGAAGAUUUAAAUAAGUUUUCAAUUAAUAUUUCACAUUCGGCUAUUAAAUUAUUUUCUAUUGUAGCUAUUCGAAAUUUAAAUAAUUGUUCAUUUCAAUUAUCAUCUAAUGAUUAUCAAUUUGAAUUAUUAAUAAAUAAACUUGUACAAGAUAUUAUUAUAGAAUACCAAGGUCAAUAUCUAAAAACAGAACAAUUUACUAAAGAACAUUUGCAAAUAUUAGCAAAUUCAAUGAUAGAUUAUAAUCAGUGGGUGACAAAUCGAUUUUUUAAAUGUUUAACAGAGUAUACGGUAACUAAUGAUCAAUAUCCACGUGGUUUAUACAUAUCAUCUGAUGAAUCAUUAUUCAUUUGGUUAAUGGGUACCGAUCAUUUUCGAAUUAUUUCAUUAUCAACAACAUUAAAUGUAUUGAAUGUUUGUAAGACAUUGAAUACUUAUUUGAUGUUUAUUGAUAAUUAUCUUAAUCAACAAAAACAUUCAUUUGCCUUUCAUUCCAAAUUUUCUUAUUUAACAUCAAAAAUUUCAGAACUUUCUGGUUUAAUAAUUAUCGUUCACUGUCGAAUUUUCAAUGAAUAUUAUCAAAAACUAUUAGAAAAUCAAUUAGAAAAAUUUCAAAAAUAUCUUAUUUAUGCAAUAAAUCCUUUCGAAUCAUCAACAAUAAUUAUUAAAAAUAAACCUUUAUUAGGAUUAAAUGAAAAUGAAAAACUUCUUCGAACAAUUUAUGCAAUUCUUAUUGUAUUACAUAAUAUUCAAGAGAAAUUUUCAAACAACCAGCUGGUUAAAUAA